GCGCGCAUUCGGCAGGAAGAGCAAUAAAUGCCUCAUUUUCUGUUGUAAACCACUAACUGAACGAUUAACCAACGGGAAUUAUCUUUCACAAAAAUAAAAAUCACUACUUCCAUGUCUAGUCGGUUAGAAAUGAGGCGGAAAUAACUGGGUCCGCUCUUCCUGCCGAAUGCGCGCUCCCGACGCAGGGGAUACAAAUUCUGUCGGGGAUAAGCACCUUGGCAAGCUCUUAACAGCAGCCACACUUUUUCCGACCAUUUGUUUUUGCUGCACAGAGGAGGACUUAGCCAGCCUGAUGGAUUCUCCAGAGGGAAAUAUGUCCCGAAAAGAUAUGCUGGAUAAAAUAGCUGAGCUGGACUACAGCGGGAAUCAGCUAAAGGAACUGAAUGCUGAAAUGAGGCACUGGCUGGAUGUUGCAGACGAUGACAUGGCAGUACUGCGCUCAGAGAAUGCCAACCUCAGGAAACUAGUGAAAGACCUGGAAAAGUCCCUUUCUGGGCUUCAACAGGUUGAAGUUGAGCCUUGUGGACCUCUGUUGGCUGAUGGCCUCGAUGAGAAACAAAUCUUUGAAAAAAGGAUUCAAGAUUUGGAGAAGGAAACCAUAAAGGUGCAGGAAGAAAAUAAGGAGCUAACUGCCAAGCUAAAGAGCCUUAAACAACAGAGGGACCAGGACAAGAUCACGUUGAGCAAACUCAGGACUGAAUUUGAAAACCUUGAGAUUGGAGUGGAGGAAGUUCAGUUACAGCUGCAGCGUAGGGAUGAACUGAUUCAUCAGAGAAACCAGCAGUUAAAGCACCUAGAGGAAACUGUGGAGGAAUAUUCCGACAUCAUAAAGGACCUCAGGCUGGCGAAGCAGGAGCUGAGUAACCAAUUGGAGGACAGAAGAGACGAGGCUUCACUUUUUACUAUGACUGAGGUGAUGAGAGAGAAGGAGGGAAAGCCCAGUCCUCAUCUGUCCAUAGCUGAUGAAAUCCAACUGCUGUUCUCAUUUGCUGAAAUGAAAGACUCCACUGAUCCUACUUCUGUGACCUCUGAACUGGACAAAAAUGUAGAGACUGAUGAUGAGGAGCUGCUGGAACCUCACAGUCUUACGACUGACCUCAGAAGUGGGAACAGAUUUGCUGUUGCCCUGAGGGCUACAAUCCAGAAGGUGUUUAUGUUGUGCAUCGCCAGUCUCUGCAUUUUGACCUUUGUAGUUUUCGGAUGCUGUGCAGAAAAAUCUGACCGUUUUUUCAUCGGCGGUUUGCUGAUGUUGCCGCCCUACGUCAGUGUCCACUAUAAGGCCUCGCCUCCCAUUUGAUUUCUUCUCAGCAUGUUGCUUGGAGUCUUGCUUUGUGUUUUUGUAAACAGCAGGACAACAGAAAUUUAAAUUGAGGAAACUGUAACAUGUAAGCUACAUUAUAUUUAAUCUGUGACAGAAGUAAAGUUACUAAAAGGCUGUUACUGUUUCAAUGUCAUGUUAAAGCUGCUGGGACUAGACUAGGACACAGAAUACAUUGCUGCCCUCACUUAAAACUGACAAAAUAUGAAAUCACCACCCUUUGAGGAUAGUAUGUUUAAUUUGUAAGGGAAAAAACAUGCAGUGCUUUACAAAAAUAUUUGUACCCUCUGUAUUUUUUCACAUUUUGUCACAACCAAAACAUAGAGUAGCAGGGCAUCAAUGUGAUGUGGAAGGAAACUGAUUCACAAUUUUUAAUUCUUCAACAUAAAAAUCUGAAAAGUUUACCAUGAAGUCACAUUGUGCUGCAAAUACAGCUGCAGGUCUGACUGAAUUAAUGAGUCCAAAUUGUAAUUUUCAAGUGUCAUCAACCCACAUAUUCUCAUUUGGUUUUAGUUUAGACUUUGGCUAGGCCAUUCUAACACAUGGCUUGGCUUUAAAUCCUUCAAUUGUAGCUCUGGUUAUAUUUUUAGGGUUGUUCUCCUGCUAGAAAGUAAACUGUCUCUGAUGAAGGAAAGUACCCCACAGCAUAAUGCUGCCACCAUCUUAUUUCAUCGUGUGUUCAGGAUAAUGGGCAGUGUUAGUUUUUCUCUGCACAUAGUAUCCAUUUAGGUCAUAAAAGUUUAGUUUGGUUUAAUAAAUGAGAUCAUCAUUCAUUCUAAAGAUACUGAAUCCUGUGUCGAAACAGGAGGGGGCAUGUGGUUUGCUUUUUUCAUUUUUAUAUUGUGCAUUUUCAGUUUUAUAGAAUAAAAGGCUUUUUGGUAUCCUGA